UCUUACCGCGCGCCGUCUUCUUUAUCACCCGUUCAAGUCUCCGCGGUUGUGCAACGUGCCGUGAUACCAACUCCCUGUUUCGGAUCGCAGAUUUUUUGGGGGGGUCUGCUCCGCGAUUCUGUUUCCGGAGGGUCUCGUUUUUUCAGGGGCUGGGCCCCGGAGUGUCGAUGCGACGCUGGCGAAAAGCCCCCUCAUUUCGAAAAUGAACCGCGCGUUGGAUUUUAUCAAAUCGCGAGCUUUUGAUACGUGAAGCGGUGCGCGCGUUCGACGUCAGGAUCUUUACACUUUUUCAUCAUAUAUUUAGUGUUAAAACACCUAUUUACUGUAAUUUAGCAAAGGCGUUAUGUGGUUUUGAUCGUUGAUCGGGAUCACGAUUUCUGUUAUCAGUGCAGUGGCCGUUGUUGUUUUUGAAAUUUUUCGAAAUUCGUGCGGCUGAGGAUUACUUAAAAUUGGAUGCACACUUACUCCAAUCGAAAUGUGGUGAGGCGUCACGCUGAAAAGCGGAUUAUGCAGUGUAUAGUGUUUCUGAAAUUGUGCUUUUUCAAGCGAAGGUGCUGAGUACUGUCCCUCAAUGGCUACGGCAAAUUACGGAUUCGCUCUUUUCAUCCAGCUCGUUCUGGUGACAUGGAUUUCCGCCCAACAAGGUCAAAACUUCUUCUUCACAAACACAGUCGGGCAGCAGCAGCCACAAUUCACACCUCAGUUCCAGCAGCAGCCAUUCGUCCGAGAUGACCCCAGCGCGAGUCAAUUCUCGAAUUUUUUCCCGCGCACCAAUUCGGGGCCGUUUUCGCCAUAUCGGGCCACCGUCCCCAGCUACCAGGAGGACGAUCUUCAAACGUCAGAUAUCCCCAGUCAGUUUCCUCAAAUCCAGGGGUUCUCCGUUCCUACCACUUACCAGUUACCCCCACGAAAUUCUAACCCUGCACCCGUUACUUUUGAAAACUCUAGUCCCGUAAGAGCAGCGAACGCUCAAUCCAGACAAAACUAUCAAGACACUAGUUUCCGAACGAAUCCAUCGUUGGUUCAAUCCUUCGGAACCGCCGAAUCACCCACAGUACGACAAGAACAAACUAUUAGGAAUAGCCCCGAGCAGGAUAGAUUCAAAUUCUCAAAUACCUUCAAAACUGCGCCGGGCAACUCGCGGACAACGCAGAGUUUCGGGAAUGUCCAACAAUCUCAAGCAUUCGUCGACAGUUUGUCGCCCCCGAGAAAUAGGUGGAGAGGCAACCCGACCGCUCAGAAAACAGAGAGCCAAAGUUUAGAUAGUGACAACCCCUUAACUCCUCCAGUUGGUACACGAAUCCCAAUACCCGUGAAGAACAGUCAACGGGAUAACGUCGCGCCACAGAAAGAAAUCGACGAGUACGAGUUCGAAGAUAACUCAGAAGAAUCGACAUUCUUGCGACCGGCCGAGGGCUCGACAAACCGUGCAAGACCCACCAACUCUCGGCCUGUAGAGAAUUACUACGCGAAGCAAGGGAAAACUCCUCAGGAAGUCCACGAAGCCCAAACGAAGUUCCUAUCUGGUAGGCCAGAGUUGAGGUUCCGGCCAACCGCCUCUUCGACUGCCGCCCCUGAAGCAACAACAACGGCGGCUCCGAAGACCCCGACCAUCAAGUCACGCUUCCCUUCUUCGCGGGAACGCAACACGCCCACAACCAGGCAGCCACCGAAAACCAACCCUCCUCCAUCUACCUCAGCUCCCAGAACCAACAUCAAUCGCGGGUUCAGUAGAUUCAACCCGACCACGCAGAACAACCAGAAGGCCAAAGAGGUCACAAAACAGUCGAAGGAGCCUGAAAAACCUCUGGACGAAGAACUGGACGAAGAAGAGGAAGGUGAGGAUGAGGAGUUCUACGAAGAUGAUGAGUCCCAGUUUGACAUCCUCCCCAUGCAUAAAGAUCAAACUUUAGUUUCCGAUGAUAACUUCGCGGAGUUUGUUGACAGUGGCUCAAUCGAUGUUGACACCCCGCAGCUUUCGAAGGAAGAGAAAAACAAGGAAGUGUCUGACGAGAAAAUGACCGUGUCUGUACAGUCUUCCGUGACCACCUCUAAACGUCCGGCAUCCACGACUGCAACACCCAGCGUAAAAGAGCCGAAGAAGGAACAAGGUAAAGUUACCAUAAAACCGUUCAACCCCGCCGCCAAGACGAACUCGCCGACGACAGAGAGCUGGGUGAUCGUGGCUUCCGUUCAAACUAGCCGGAGUGUAUCCGGGGCGAGGUUCUUGCCCUCGGGUGCCAUUAAACAGGAGGAGCAGAUUCAACCUCUCUUACCGAAAGGCUCCGGUGAAGUCAAGACGGAAUCGACCGUCGAUCCUGGAAUCACGGAUCUCAAAGAAACACCCACCACUGCGCGAUCAACCACCGAAGUGUCGACAGAGAGCAUCAUCGACAAAUUAGACCGAGUUCAGUCGGAUCUUUCAAGCGGCGUCCUUCUGGAUAGAUUUCAGCCGGCCUCGAACAAACCUGACCUCCAGGUUCCUGACUUCGGAAACGAGAAGCAGGAGAAGUCAUCGACAACCACCUCGACAACAGCCGCGACUACCGUUACGACGACAACCACACCGAAGCCAACAACCACUGAGGAGGCGUCAACUCCCGAAAGGAAAUUCAGUCCUUUCAGUCCGAAGUUCACGACCUCCCCGCGUCCGUCGACAAAGAAGAGCAAGCUCUCGGAGAGUAUCCAGUUCGAAGAUGUGUCCGGACUACUUCCUCCGGGCUUCAAGCAGAGCAAGAUCCGGAAGCCCAUCACGACGACGACGGAGGCUAGCGAGGAGGCUCCCAAGCAGGAAGAGGAGAAGACCGAGCGGCCGAAACCCAAGAAGAACGACACGGACGUCCGGAAAGGGUUCGCGAGCAAGAUCAAGUUCGAUGACGUGAGCGCACUCCUUCCCCCGGGCUACAAGCCGCCCAAAGACGCGGAACCCGUGAAGACGUCUCUGGAGGAUAUCCUGAAGAAGGUGAAGCCUGUGGACGUGAGCAACUUCCUGCCGGCCAACUUCACGACGACGACGGCAGCGCCCGCCAGCACGACGGCCAAGUCUCCGCUGGAGUCGCUUUUCGGGAAGAUACAGUUCAAAGAUGUCAGCUCGUUCCUGCCACCUGGCGUCAAGUUGAACGCGACGUCCGAGUCCGAGGAGAAGCCGGCCGAAGAGGAGAAAUCGACCACGACGACGACGACGAGGAAGCCCCCGAGGUCCAAGGGAGGUCAGCUCGUCCUGCCGCCCAAAAUCCAGAAAGGAUGGCCACAAAGGUCGACGACGGAGUUCACGGGUUGGCCGACUCCACCCACGACGCCGAUCUCGGUGGAGAAGCUGAUCGAGGCGGCCAAAGCGGCGGCGGCGACGCAGAGGACGGAGACGACGACCGAGGUGACGUCAACGACGUCGACGACGACAACGACGACGACGACAACGCGGGCCCCGACGACCCCCGGCUACUGCACGGAGAACUGCGACCUGGCGGCCACCAUCAAGCUCGUCGGCGGUGCCAAGUGGUCCCCGGAGCUCCUCGACCACAACACCAAGGAGUACCAAACCCUCGCCAACGAGGUCAAGCACCAGCUGGAGAUCCUGUACAGUACCUCUGAGGAACUCAGUCGCUGGUACAAGAAAAUCACGAUCGAUGCUUUCAGUGAGGGAAGCGUGUUGGUGGAUUACUUUGUCGAACUAAACGAGCUGGGCAGAAGUGUGAACACUGCUGAUCUGAAGCGACUCUUCCACAACAGCCUAUUAAAAUCGCCGUCAAACUCCAAUCUUAAGGACACCUCUCAAAAUGAACCGCUUCAAAUGGGCAACUUUAUGGUUGAUCCUAAGCAUAUUGAUUUUGUUGUGUUGCAAAGGCAAAUUGUGCCUCAAGUUGCCAUGGCGGAGGAGGACAUGUGGCUCCCACAAUGGGCCAUUGCUGUCACGGUGGUUGGUCUUGGAUCCCUCCUAUUUGUCGUUAUUUUUGGAGUCUGCGUGCUGAUAAGUAGGAGCAAGAACACCAAAAAACAGCCAACACCAAUGACGGAGGACAUGCUCCACGAGCUUAACAAAAACCACAUGAACGGCGUUGACAAUUAUGGUGCUUCGGAGGACAUCUAUAACAUGGAGGACGUCUGGAAUGAUACGAGCAUUAAAAAGCGUUCCUCGUACGAGACGAGCAUGUCGAACCUCUACGACAGCUGGCGAUCUGAUUGGCAUGGCUAUAGUCACUAUUACGACGGCAGCAGUCACAGCGGUUACACGCACCGACCUCCGCGGGCCGACUACCUUUCCAGGCACCCGGACUACGACAACGACUUUUGAUUUCACCCUUUCGAGUCGUCUCUUUAAGACUGUUCUGCAUUGCCAUUAUUUUCUUCUCGACUUAAAGCUAAAUAUUCAUACCUAAACGCUCGUUUCAGUCUCUACGUAACAAGGCUGAGCCACCUGCGAAUCCCCCCCCCCCUCGGAUAAAUAAAUUUGAAAACAUUAGUAUGAAAAUAAAGUGUGCGAGCAACACCUUCAUUGUUUCUCAAUGUUGAGAAUUAAACUCUGCUCUCAGUUUUGCCGCUUCGUCAAAAAUGUCCAGUCAUAUUCUCUUUGUUUUCUUUUCUCAGUGAAGAAGACCAGAUAUUUUCUCAUUCUCGAGAAUUUGCGCAAUUCUUACUUGAGGUUGCUUUCUAAAAAAAAUUAUUUUGCAAAAAAUGGGUCAAUUUUCGUACAAGUAAAUAGAGAGCAGAUGUUUUAAAACUUCGCGUUGGGCUACAAGGUCUGGUAGGUUCUAUUACCGUCGAUUUGUUAUGUUAGGAGGGACUCAUUCAUUUAUUUUUGUUUUUUACUUAUUUAUUUUUAUUUAGCUAUCGGUCCUUUCUUUUUUGAGUAAAAAACCAUCCGUCCUUCAGUUAUUGGGUCCCAAAAUUUGCUCUGAAAAAAAUUCUGUAGAUUUUUCAAAUUUUAACUUAUUUCCCUCUAAAAUAUAUUAUUUCCUAAUGAUGUUCACAUUCGACUCGUCACGCACGGCCACACCCCAGUUCUCAAAAAUUAAUAAGUUGAUUUUUUUUGCAAUAAUUUAUUGGGGUUCAAAAAAAAGGAACUCGUAAAAACGCAAGAAAAUUUAAUAUAAGUGUAAUUGUUUCUUACUAUAUUGGUGAUACACUUUAAACCUGCAAGUGCCUAGCUCCUUUUUAUUAAAUUUCUUUCUCACGCAAUAUGGGUCAGUGCUUUCGGAGACGAAGUGAGCAUCAAUUACCGCAUUGUGAGCAUCUACGCUCUCAAACCUCUUUAAUUUCUGUUCUUUUUUAUUGAUAUGCGAAAGCUUCUAAGGUUGUCAUAAUAUGUAAAUAAUGUUUUGUGCCCUUUAUUGGUAAUGAGUAUUUGAAUGUAGUUGUUCUAUACGUCUACUUCAAUAUGCUUUUAAAGUGUAUAUGAAGCUGUGAUAUUUAUUACGUAUUGCCUGUUAUAUUUUCUUUGAUUUUUUUGAAGCUCAAAGACAAAAAAAUUACAAGAUUAGAAUAUGUCACAGACUGUUAUGAAAGAAAUGCUAAAAUAGCGUUUUUAAAAAAUAAGUUCAUGUGAAAUAAAUUCGAGACUCUCCACAAGGAGGCUUGGAACCCGCAAUAAAAGGUUUCAUUCAGGAGUACCGCUGUAUUUAUUAUUACGUGACGAGCGUAGGUUGUUAACUGGAAUUCCUCCUAUCCUCCUGGAUCUCACUGUGGAGGAAUACCCCACUUUUCAUAAUACUAUAAUAACAUUUCACAAUAUUAUAAUGACACCAAUAUCUUUCAGGCUACGGACGACGUGUUUCGUGAAUGAUGACGUUUAUUCAUCAUGACGCCAUAUAGUAGUCUGUCAUAUUUGUUAAUGUUGAUUUAAUGUAAAUGGACACUUUUACAAUCGAAGAAUGUGACUUAUUAAACAAUGUAGGGUUAGUUUUAUUUUUUAAUUGCUCCAAUCCGAGUAAAUUGAGAUAGAUAUCUGGUAACGACCAAGCUUGAUGAUAUCUGCUUGCAGUUUGCUAAGGAUAGCAUUUUUUGCUUGCGUAAAGAUAACUUAAGCUGUGUGAAUCGAAUUUAUCGACUGCUGCAAAUAAAAAUCAUCGAUAUCCUGGAUAAUACUUGAAAAAGCAGUACUUCAAUAAUUAAUGAAUGAAGAAGGUGUUACAGUACUGUUAAUACUGCCAUUAUAGUUUUAAAAUUGUGUAAUGACAAUGACAUAAUGGCAUCAUUGACGGCGAAUUUCUGUCAAACUGAAUCUCUCUUGGAACUAUCUUUUAAAGACUGAGAGAAAAAAUUCAAAGAUUUUGCUCAAAAGGCAACUUUUUUGCAUAUAAAAGUAAAAUUCCGUCGAGGAGUCCAUGGUGAACUAUACAAACUUAAAAUCCGCCAAAUUUAAGGGCCCAAAAUCACUAAUCGAUUAAAUAAAGUAAAAAAGCUUAUUUAUUUCCAUACACUGUUUACUCUUCGUCACAGUAUUCGCCCCAUUUUUAAAAUGUUCAUUUCAGCAAAAUUCUUUCAGGAUAAUAUACAGCAAAUUGUU